CCACGUAGCUCGUAUCGUAGUGCAGUAAUAGUUAUAGCGCUGAAAGUUGCGGCUGAAUCCGUUUUCGUUUUUUUCCCCGUUUUUGUUUAUUUUUUUCUCCCUCGCUCUUUGCUUCGGUGCCGUUGUUUUUUUCUGUCGUUAAAUAUUGGCCGGUGGCGAGAUACGGCGAUUGCGAGUAUAGCGAGGGAAAGACAUGUCGGCAGAGGGCAUGGAAGCGGCCGAGAGUGCGAGCAGUAACUCAGUAAUUCCUCAAUUAAUCAGCGCGCGUCAACUCAACAAAACAGCUGACCCGACACUGCAUUUCCAAACAUAAUAAGCACAUCGCGAGCCCUUAAAAAAUCGAAUAAAAACCGUCAAGAGGAAAGAAGAAUCGGGAGCGAAGAAACACAAUAUUGUUUAGUGAACGCGUGAGCGAAACACUGGGAAGAACUAAAUGUCCCGAAAGAACACAGCUGUCAGGCCACAGCUCAAGGACUCGGCACUCGAACUUCGACCCCGGAUGGCCCGAAUGCUUUCCAUCGUCGAGAUAACGUCGCCGAAUUUUCAUCCGAUGGCGGGUCAGGAUCCAAAAUGGCAGAAAGACGCGGCGGAUCAAAACUUCGAUUACAUGUUCAAGUUGCUGAUAAUCGGUAAUUCCUCAGUUGGCAAGACGUCCUUUCUCUUCCGAUAUGCUGACGACUCGUUCACCUCGGCCUUCGUCUCGACCGUUGGUAUUGACUUCAAAGUUAAAACGGUCUUCAGACACGACAAGAGGGUCAAGCUACAAAUCUGGGACACCGCUGGCCAGGAAAGAUACAGAACUAUUACGACGGCCUACUACAGAGGCGCGAUGGGUUUCAUUCUGAUGUACGACAUCACAAACGAGGAAUCGUUCAAUUCGGUGCAGGACUGGGUGACGCAGAUAAAAACGUACUCGUGGGACAACGCCCAGGUUAUUCUAGUUGGCAACAAGUGCGACAUGGAAGACGAGAGAGUAAUUAGCUUCGAAAGGGGUAAACAAUUGGCCGAACAGCUGGGUGUCCAGUUCUUCGAGACGUCGGCGAAAGAGAAUAUCAACGUGAAGGCGGUUUUCGAGCAGCUCGUAGACAUAAUUUGCGACAAAAUGAGUGAGUCACUGGACAACGAUCCGGCGUUAAUGACAGGGGGUGCGGGAGAGGCGAAGGGUCAGCGUCUUACCGAUCAACCGGCGAACCCCUCAGCCACCAAUUGCAACUGCUAAAGUAAAAUAUGAGCGUAUAUAUAACCAUAUACAUGUAUGUGAAGAUAUAUAAAGAGAAAGCGAGCGAGAGAGAAACGGUUUGAGAGAGGAAUAUUGAAAAUACUGUAGCGUUGAUGAACGAGGAGUGACGAUGAAACGAGCAGAAAAGCGUGGAUCAAGUAUGAAGAAACGUACGAAAAAAAAAGAUAAAAGAAACGAAAUGAUAAUAAUAUGACGAAUAAGAGAAGAUUAAAGAAAAGGAGAAUAGGAUAUGGGAACGACGAGAGAAACGAAUUGAUAAAUGAGAUGAUAAACACAAAGAAAAAUUCACGCGAACACUAAUUUUCGUGUUGCUAUGUCAAUAAACGUUGGAUAGUUAGUUCAAAUACCUGAGCAAAAAAAAAUGGUAAGAAGAGAAGAAAAGAGAAAGAAAACCCUCCGUUGUUCGCCCCUUCGUUAUUCAUUGUUUUUAAGUCGCUUAUCGACAACGAUUGUUUAUUGCAAAGGAUACGAGGAUAAACGGGAACUUGUAUAAGUUGGCCAAUCGUUUCGACAUUAAUUAUUCGAUCAAGGAGUGAUAUUCGUGGUUCGGGGGAGGGCACAGCAACUUGGAAAAAAUUCAUCACCUUAGUCAGUGAAUAUCGUGAGAGAAAUAAAAGGAUAAAUUUUGCAACGCGAUCGAUGAGACGUUUUCCAGGUCGCCGCCGCACGGGAAUCCUAACUAUAAAAGAGGUUUUCCUAAAUUUAUUGUUUUUUGGUGGUUGCGUCGAUGGGAUUUUCAUUCGUUCCUUUCCUCAGUGCACAACACAUUCGUAACUCGAAUAGGCGAUCGGAAUGACUCCGUUAAAUAAUAUAUCUAUAUAUAUACUCGCAGUGUUCACAAAUCGUUUCACUGUUCGUCGAAUAAAAUAGCAAAAAUUAUUUUUCGAAUGAGCAUAUAUAUAUAAAUAGCAUUAUUUUCAACAUCCCAACGAUUCUAUUAUCAUUUUCGAGUGUUAAAUUCACGGAGAAACGAGGGAUCGAGCCGGUCUCCUAAGCUCUCGACGAUUAGGGAGUCUUUUAUCGCCCGUUGACCAAAACCAUUCGAUCGAACAACAACAAUAAGAUUGAUUAAUUACAUACACGUAUUUCAAUUUUCCUUUAUUUCGCAUUGCUCCACCAUUUAUUUAAAAUAGCAACAAAUCAUCGGGGCUGAAAUCUCGUGAAUCGUUAUUACGAGUGUUAUAGGAUUAAAAAACCAAACCAAAAGAGAGAGCGAGAGAGAGAGAGAGAGAGAUGAGAAGAAAGAAAAAGCAGAUAAAGUACUACGUGACGUACACACUUAUUGACAGGAGUGUUCGAGGUAGCGAACAAAUUCAGCUCACCCGAAAUGGAUUCACGGGCACGAUUAAUAUCACGCGAGCGUUGAUAGAAUUAUGCGGAAGCCGAAGUAAUAAUGAGGACCGGUUUUAUUAUUUAUGAGAGAAAAACCAAGCAAAACGAAGCAUGAGCAUUGAUCUACAGAUGCUUAUUUGUGUCAUGUCACGUGCGAGUUCGAAGGACGUUUGUUCCUUGCCUACGGAGUCUUGUUGCAAUGGAUUUUUUAUUUUACUUUACGCGGGUUGUCCUUAAAGCUGCUCGUAAUGCAGCAGGAGUAUGUAAAAGAAUAGGAGAGAGCACGUGUUUCCAUAAUCCGUUGCGAAAAUUCUUUGUCUCUCUCGUGAGAUCCGCACCAACUUUUGUUCCAUAGAUUUUUCAUGGAGAAGGAGAGAAAGAGUGAGCUAGUAAAAAGUAUUCGUCGCCGCAUCGUGUGGCACGACUUAUGUCUCGGAGACGAGAGGAGCCCAGUUGAUUGAUAGGGGGAAAAGAAAGAAGAAGAAAAAAACGUAUUCGAUGGCAGAGGGCUCGUGAAUUUUACCGCCAGCGAUGAAAAUACGUCUCGAAAUAAUUGUGGCAUAUCAUUUUUCGUCUUUCUUAUUUUCCGCUGCCUAUACCCAACUGACUGCUCUUCUGGUGUGUGCAUCGACUCGAAUUCCCCUUCAUUUUACAUUAUUCUCAUGCAACUUUUUCCCUUAAAAAUCAAUAUAAAUCAGAAGUUACAAGUUUUUUAUUGUUGCUUUUGAUCAUCAGAAAGUAAUUAGCGAUGCACGCACGUCGACCCGUCAAUUAUACGAUCCGUUGACCCCGCCCCUCCUUCGCUCUCAGUACUCUUGGAAAAUCAGUAAAAUUCGACCUCGGAUCCACAAUAUUACUUGAGCUACCACGAACGUUACCUACUAGGCAAGCUGCCCUCUGUACAUAAAAAAAAGUAUAUUGUAUUAUGAUUAUGAUGAUGAUUAUUAUUAUGAUAAAUUAAUUAAUAUUAUUAUUAUUGACUCUGUAAUGAAGUGUAAUGUACGCGUUAUAAUUAUUCGUGUGAAAUAUGAACCGUAUGGGAAUAUCGUGCUCGGCUUCAACGCCAAAAUAGACGAGUUUCGAUGCAAAUUAAUCGUUUGCGACGAAAAAAAGAGACGAAAACAAAACAUAAGGAAACAUAUUAAAAAAAAAAAGAAAAAUAAAAAGGGAUUCAAAACGAAUUGAGAAAAUAUAUAAAUAACAAGAACAAAACAAGCCCGAUUCACUGUGUCGCGAUUAAUGCGUCUCGUCGAUCGAACAAUCUCGUAGAACUCGCAUGAGAAAAUAUAAGGCAUGUGAGACCGCGCGAGGACAGAAUAUUAGAAGGAAAAAGUCCAUAUUCGAUUGGAAGGACUUUGAACUCGUUUGUCUCUUUCCCUCGUGUUAAUAUCGUGUAAAUCGAAAAAAGAAGAUGCUCCGUUUGAUUGGUCGAUGGUGAAAAAAUAUGGCCGGAAAUCAUCGUUUCCUGUAUAAAAUAAAAAUAAUAAUAAUGAGAAAAAAAAUAAAUGGCGAUGGGAAGCAAUCGAAAUUUGGGGUAAAAUAAAAAAAGCUAUAAUCGUUUUCGGUGAUCGGGCAACUUGUAUGUAUGUAUUGUACCGUAUGCAACUAAUUAUGCCUAAAGUUAAUUAUAAACAACAAUAAUCUAUAUUACGUACCGAAAGACUACUUAAGAAGAAAUAUAAUGAUUGAUGGAGAAAAGAAAACUUGCUGCGAAUGGAAGAGGGCGAAACACUGGAGAAACACGUGUAGUCGGUGUCGAAGUUAAUGUUCUCAAGCGACGCGAUAUAUUAUCUAUCUUGUAUGUAUGUAUACGACGAUAAUGGAAAAAAAAACGAACUCAAAGGGGAUGGAAAAGGAAAAUGAUGAAAUUCAUAUUUAAAUGGAGGGGAAGGGACGAAGGAAAAAACAAAAGAUUCAAUAUGUAUUGUAAUAUAACAUGGCAUUGUUCACCAGCAUCCAAAGCUGCGAGAAAAAAAAACGGAAAAUCAUGUUUUACAAGCUCUGUACAGAUCACUGAAAUCCCUGGAAAAAUAAGCGGGAGAUCAGCGCCACAAUAAGGGAAUAUAAGAAUACUUGUAAGGUGUUGUGGUGGGCCUAUGUAAGGAUGGAUUAUACUGCUACUGCCUUCAUUCCAUUUCACCGCACCGACGUCGAUAUUUUCCUGCUAAAUAUUUUCUCGGAUUGGAGAAAUCACGGUGGAAAGAAUUUGAAGUGUUUUUUGUUUCUGGUUCAUUAAUAUGGCGUUGUAAUUUGAAUGGUAUUCACGAGUAAUUUGAAUUUUAAGAUAAUUUGGUUUUGAAAUAACGAACGACUCGACCGUGAGAAAUUUGGACAAAAGUAAGCGAACGGUAUUGAGAAUGGCGAGUAUUUCACUCGUCGAAUAAUAAUCUCGAGGAAAAAUUAUUAUUUUUGUUGAACUACCCAGUUUUUAUCGUCGGUAUGGUUUUCAUGUUCGACCAUUUUCGUAGAAAUGAUAUCUCGCAACGGAUAAAAUUCAGGGAUGAUAAGAAAUGAUUCUCACUCAUUUAGAAAUAUUGAAAUGUUCGUAGUUCUUUUUUUCCACUUACAGGAUGUUCGAUAAAAGGUUCAUUCGACUUGAGAUCGAGGCAUAAAACUCUCCGAACUUUCAGGGUUAUCACAUAUUCGAUUAAACUUUUGACCAUCGAUUUUUUACCUUAGAAAAUUUCGGUAACUCAACUCGUGACACUGAAUCAGGCUGACUGCGAGAAUCUUCGUUAGUGCUUUGAACCGACGACAUCGAUGAUUCAACUUCGCUACUUGAAUUAUUUAAUGACUAAUAUAUUAUUUGAUUGAUGAGGUGCUGCAAUCUUUUGACUGCAUAUCGAUCCAUCGACUUUGACCAUUUUGUGUACGUUUCUUUUUUUCAAUGUAUUUUUUCUAACAUCCGUAGAACAAUACAUAGAGAAUAUUUGUACAAAUGUUCAAAAUUACGUGCCAAUUACAUUCCCGAAUAUAUCGAA